UCCCGGUGGCGGUGCCGCCAUGAGCGUGGUGGUGCGGAACGCUCAGCGCUCCGUUCCCCUGCGGAGGGCCCCGCUCCGCCGCGCCGUGUGCGCCCUGCGCGCCGCGCUGGGCGCCUCCUGCUUCGACGUGGGCAUCGUGUGCGCCGGCAACGCGCUGAUGCGGCGCCUGAACGGCGCCUACCGGCAGCGCCCGGAGCCCACGGACGUGCUGUCCUUCCCGUUCCACCGGGUGGCGGCGGCGGGCGAGCUGCCGCGGCCGCGGUGCCGCGGGGAGUACAACCUGGGGGACGUCUUCCUGGGAGUGGAGUACAUCCACCAGCAGUGCCGCGACGCCGGGGAGGACUUUGAGGGCGUGCUGGUGGUGACGGCAGCCCACGGACUGUGCCACUUGCUCGGCUACCGGCACGACACGAAACACGCGUGGGAGCAGAUGUACCGCAAGGAAGCGGAGAUCCUGGAGGAGCUGAACCGCCUCACCGGCUCCCGGCUGAGGCCCCUCACCGCCGGCCUCUUCUGAGGGACCGCCCCGGACGUGGCGUACGGGGGGGGGGGAAGGCAGGGC